ACACCGAGCACGAGAGGGAGAGGAGAGGAGUGUGAGCGCAGCAGCUGAGUGAACAAACAGAGGCAGAGACACUAGGUUAUCUCCCGAGACUAUCAGACACCGACCUGUCACUUUUACCGCUCCGAGACGAGUCCCGUCUUCUGGAAGAGGACAGCAGCGGCAGCAGCAGCAGCAGCAGCAGAGCCCUGGUCUGGUCUGGUCUGGUCUGCUCGAGCAGCAGCAGCAGCAGCAGCAGCAGCCGCCUGUGAAAAACUCCCAAACGCGGUCGUCUCAGCUGGCAUGAGCUAACCUACCAGACAGACAUGGAAACCAAACCGUUCUUGUCAUUGGGGUUCCUGAAGCCCCAGUGCUCGUUGGCUCCUCCCAUGCAGCGAGGUCGCUCAGGCGAGGCUUGUUCCUGUUUCAGUGGCGUGUGUCCCCUCCAUCAGCGUCGCCUAUCCUCAGAUUCUUCAGGCCAGAUGACCUCCUCACCCCUGGGCUCACCCACAUCCCACCGGGGAAUGCACCCUUCUCUGCUCAGCCCAACGUCCAUGGGGCCCUCUGGCUCUCUUCACUCUCCCAUCAGCACGCUGAGUUCACCCAUGAACGGCAUGGCCUCCCCCUUCUCCGUCAUCAGCUCACCCAUGGGCCCUCACUCCAUGAACUCGCCGGGCAUGGGCUACGGCCCCAGCGUGAGCCCCCAGCUGAACUCUCCGAUGAACUCGGUCAGCAGCACAGAGGACAUCAAGCCCCCGCUGGGCCUCAACGGUGUCAUGAAGGUCCCCGCCCAGCCGUCAGGCACAGCCCUGUCACUCACCAAACACAUCUGCGCCAUCUGUGGUGACCGCUCCUCAGGUAAACACUAUGGGGUAUACAGCUGUGAGGGCUGCAAAGGUUUCUUCAAAAGGACAGUGCGCAAAGACCUGACCUACACCUGUCGUGACAACAAGGACUGUGUCAUCGAUAAACGCCAGAGGAACCGCUGCCAGUACUGUCGCUAUCAGAAGUGUUUAGCCAUGGGCAUGAAGAGAGAAGUUUUGUUACAUGCAGCCGUUCAGGAGGAGCGCCAGCGAGCCAAGGACAAAAAUGAGAAUGAGGUGGAGUCCACCAGCUGCGCCAACGAGGACAUGCCCGUGGAGAAGAUCCUGGAAGCCGAGCAGGCGGUGGAACCCAAAACCGAGACCUACAUUGAGACCAACCUUGGUGUGCCAUCUAAUUCGCCCAACGACCCAGUGACAAAUAUCUGUCAGGCGGCUGACAAACAACUCUUUACUCUGGUGGAGUGGGCCAAGAGGAUCCCCCAUUUCUCGGAGCUGCCGCUGGACGACCAGGUCAUCCUUUUACGGGCAGGUUGGAAUGAGCUCCUCAUUGCAUCAUUUUCGCACCGCUCGAUAGCGGUCAAAGACGGGAUUCUGUUGGCAACGGGGCUGCAUGUCCACCGCAACAGCGCCCAUAGCGCCGGAGUGGGAGCCAUCUUUGACAGAGUGCUCACAGAACUGGUGUCUAAGAUGAGGGACAUGCAGAUGGAUAAGACAGAACUGGGGUGCCUUCGAGCUAUAGUCCUUUUCAACCCAGACUCCAAAGGUCUGUCCAACCCAGGUGAGGUAGAAGCCCUGAGAGAGAAAGUCUAUGCGUCUUUAGAGGCCUACUGCAAACAGAAAUACCCCGAGCAGCCUGGCAGGUUUGCCAAGCUGUUGCUGCGGUUACCAGCACUGCGCUCGAUCGGCCUCAAGUGUCUGGAGCACUUGUUCUUCUUCAAGCUCAUCGGCGACACGCCCAUCGACACCUUCCUCAUGGAGAUGCUAGAAGCUCCGCAUCAAAUGACAUAAUAGCAUAGAGGGGUUGAUCCCUCCCCGCCCUCUCGCCCCCCCCCCUCCUCCCCUACA